UUUUUUUCUCUCUCUCUCCUCCUGUCUCUGUUGUGAUAGUCCUCAGGUUACCAGGUAAAACUAAACCCACCUCCCCUUCUCGAAGAACAAGGAUUUAACCCCUUUUGGAAAAUCUAGGUUUCAAAUUCGUUAAUUAUACUAUCAUGUUCGUUCUCUUUAUGUAGCACGAUCAUAUAAUAUGGUUGCUUUGAGUUUACAGUAUGCAUAUUACAUGCUUGAUGAAAUUCCCCGACAAAUUCUAAUGUGACCCUUUUUUUAUUUGAUGAAUUGCAUAUCAUCUGUUUGAUGAAAUGCUACUACCAGUUUUGAUUUGACCCUUUUCCUGCUUGAUUAUAUGUAUAUCGCUUGUUUGAUGAAAUGCCACUAAUAGUUUUAGGAGAAGUUGAGAAAAGGGAGACAGUGUAUAUAUGAUGGAAUAUGCAAAUAGAUGAGAAGUGGAAUAACUAAUAAGAACAAUAAUUUCUCCCUUUAUCAGUUUGUUUUUUGCCUUGUUUUGUUGAAUUAAUGUUGCUAUCUUUUUUGAGUUUUGGUGUAUUUCAGGUUGUAGUGAUCUCUUUGUGAGAUCUAGUCCAACACUGACUUUACAGCAGUUGAGAGAAGCAGAAGACAAACAUGGAUGUCGAUUCGCAGGAAACUAUGGAAGAAACAAUUUUGGUUGGUGAUGAUUUAAUGACGGGGCCUCCAUCACCGCUCAUUCCUCCAGAAAUUGCUCCUCAUGUGCUUGAAGGCGUCAACUUGUGUGAUGGGUUGCUGAGGAACCUAUAUUUGUGUUUACAAAUCAAUGAUAUUGAGCCAUUCUGUCAAGAUGAGAUUGCUGUGUAUCGACAGUGUGUAGAAAGAAGAGAUAAGGAAAUCAGACAAAGGCUUCAAGAUAGUGAACGCAAAUUAGGAUCAUCAAUGCCCCUUGAUCAAGCUAAGGAUAGAGCUGUGCAACUGGAAUCAGAAGUCACAAAACUGGAAAGGCGUUUGAUUCUUGCUAGCGGAAUGGAAGGAGUCGAAGGAUUUCGCCAAAGAUGGAGUCUGCAUGGGUGUCUCACAGACACAAGGAACAGGUUGGAGUCCUUAAAGGAAGGAAUUGAACAGAGAAAGCCAGACGAGCCAACUAAGAUUCCGUCAACCACAAGAUGGUUUUUCUGGAAAAAGCAGAGUGAAGUCGAGCAAGAUGGGUGACACUUUUUCGCUUCAAGGUGCAUCAUCACAAUAAGCGAAAGAAAUUGGUUCAAAUGCAGAUGUAUUUUUUAGCUUAAUUCAUAUCUUUUUUACCUUUUCCUUUAGGUUUAUUGUGGUAUUUAACCCAGUUUAUUAUUUGAUCAUUCACAUUUGUGCUAGGUUCACCUUUCAUGUUCAUUUUACUCUACCACAUUUUUGGUAUAGUUUAGGCUCAAUUACAUACAUGCAACAGUCAAGAUAUGUUCCUGCCUUGCUAA